CUGUCGUUGACGUCACAGUUGUUUCACGAAGCUUGCUUGAAGUUCCAAACAGUGUGAAAAUUGAAGUUAGUUUUGUAAAUUAUUAAAGAAAGUUUAUAAAACUGUUCAUAAAAUGGCUGUUUUCUAGUGCAUCUUUUUCAAAUCUGUGCAAGACACAAAUUCUAAACAUCGCACUUUUAAUUCAUAGUAGUUAAAAUUUUCACUCAAGUUCGUCUGUCAGGUGUAUUCUUUGUGACCUGUAUAUCUGCAACGAAGGAGGAAGAGAAUUUGAUCGUAGGAGAAAAUGAGCGAGCUUAGUCAGGAAGAAAUAAGACGGAAGCGUUUAGCAAGAUUAGAGAUUGGUGGAGCCAGUGCUAGUCCAGGACCAAGUACAAGUCAGCCAGUGUCCCCGGCCACAUCACAAAAUGCGGGACUUUUCAUACCUCCCACUCCACCAGCCCCUGCUGAGAGAGGAAUUCCACAAAAAAGUGAUUCACAAAGCACCGACACAUCAUCACAAAUGGAAGUUGAGGAAUACGCUCAGCCUGAAGAGAAACAGAACGUGGCAUCCAACUCUCAAGUAGAUGUGGAUUCAGGAAUAGAAAACAUGGAGGUAGAAGAGUCUAAAGAAGCGGCGCUACAAAGAUCGUCUUCAACCAGUGACAAUACAGACGAUCAAGUCUUCACGACAAUAUCAAGAGUUCUCUGCGUAUCAUGGACGCAAACACAGCAGAGCGAUUCUAACAUAUUCUUAUCAGAAACAGCAGCAGGAAUGAACCAGCGGAAACUGGAGGGAGAUUCUCAGAUUGAUACUCAGGACCUGAUCAGCCAGUCGCUGAUGGAGGUGAUGUGUCAGAUAGCAUCCGGGGAGAACCCCCUGCCUUCCCCCCUCUCCUGCUCCACUCCCGAGGAUAGCAGUGAGAACAUCGCAGCGGCCAGCUCAGCGUCCGCCUCUCCUCCCGCCACUCCGUCCCUCGCCACCACGGGCCUGGCAUAUCUUACAGACUGCUACGCAAGGGUGGCUAAUGAAGAGAGAAACCAUCCCAAGCGUAGCAGUAUGCCUCCGCUCAAGGAAGUGCUGGCAGAGAUAAGAGCCCAGUGUGUUCAACACACCUCACUCAUGCUGCAGGAUGUCCUCAUGGAAGAGGUGGACUUUACUGGCCGGCUGGGUCCGUUGUCAUCACCGUUGCUACAGCAGGUGAUCAACCAGACUCUACCUCGAGGCUUCCUCCCCGAGCUACUGGCACGGACACACACCAACCCAGACACCCUCAACAAGGUUUUCAGCCCUCUUCUACAGGGGUUGUACCGGUCGAUGCAAGGUGCGUCAAUUGUCGGCAACAGUCACCGGAAGCCGCUAGAAGCUCUCUCUGACCUCGUAGACAUGAGGGUCGGCCCGACUGCCAACCUUCGGCCGAUAUGCCAUCUUAUAACUCAUCAGGUUCAGUUCCUACCUGACAUUGUGACGGGCGCAGGAGGUCGUGAGAUUGCUCGAACGUCAUUCCUCGGUCCAUUCCUGAGUGUGUCCGUGUUUGCUGAAGAUGAGCCUAAAGUUGCAGAUAGAUUCUUCAGUGGCAACGCCUCAACAGACAAACCUUUGCAAUCGACUUUGCAGCAAGAAUUGGAGAAUUCAAGACUCAUGCUACACAAGAUCUUCCAUGACAUCCUUGUGGCGAGCAGCUCUCGAGAGGCUAUGUUGGCUUACGUUGCCGCUCUGCUGCGGCUCAAUGAGAAGCGAGCACAAAUCCGUGCAGAAGAGAGAGCCUUGGCUGGGGACGGCUUUAUGCUCAACUUGCUGUCUGUCAUGCAGUUGCUGGCGGUCAAGGUCAAAUUGCACACCGUUGAUGCUCUUUACCCUUUCCACCCCUCCAGCAUGGUAGACAUCAAGAACGACACCCGACUGCGACUGACUUCCACCGAGACGACUCAGUGGCUGGACGAUCUCAACAAGUCGGACAAGCCGGUGUGGAAAGAGCCCAAGUUUCCCACUCAGUGUUGGUUUCUCACUCUGCACUGUCACCAUCUCGCUCUAAUGCCAGCGCUCAACAAGUACCAGCGGAGGCUGCGUGCAUUGAGAGAUCUGCAGAAAUUGGUUGAAGAAAUGCAGAGCAGCGAACAUCAGUGGAAAGCUCUUCCGUUUGCCGCUAGAAACAAGGAACUGAUCAAAAGAUGGAAACAGCAGAUCAAGAAGCUGACGAGGAGCAAGGCGUGUGCAGACGCUGGUCUGCUGGAUGAUAACCUGAUGAGACGCUCACUGUUGUUCUACAGCUCCGUAGCAGAGUUCAUGUUGACACUUCUGACUGACAACCCAUUGUCCCCCUCUCUCCCCCUCCCUCCUGAGCCACCGCACCUGUUCUCAGCUCUACCUGAGUGGUAUGUCGAGGACAUCGCAGAGUUCCUUCUGUUUGCACUGUCGUACUGUCCCAACGUAAUAGCCACUUCCAUGGAUCGCUCAAUGAUCACAUGGUUGUUGGUGGCCACUUGCUCACCUCACUGUAUUAAGAACCCCUACCUGGUGGCCAAGAUCAUAGAGGUACUCUUCGUACUCAACCCAGGCUUCAACCCCCACACAGAGGAGUUGUACAAUCGGGUCCUGUCACAUCCCAUCUCCGAGACUCAUCUGCCGUCCUGUCUUAUGAAGUUCUACACUGAUGUGGAGACCACUGGGUCUAGCUCAGAGUUUUACGAUAAAUUCACAAUCCGCUAUCACAUCAGUCUGAUUCUCAAAGGAAUGUGGGAUAGUGCCGUGCACAGACAGGCGAUCAUCAACGAGUCAAAAUCUGGAAAACAGUUUGUCAAAUUCAUCAACAUGUUAAUGAACGACACAACGUUCCUGUUGGAUGAAAGUUUAGAAAGUCUCAAGCGCAUCCACGAGGUACAGGAGCUGAUGGCUGACACUGCUGGUUGGGAGAGGAUCGGCAUGGAACAGCAACAGACUCGCAGGAGACAGCUUUCUGCGGACGAGAGACAAUGCAGGUCCUACCUGACACUGGCCAGAGAGACAGUUGACAUGUUCCACUAUCUCACUGUGGACAUCAAGGAGCCAUUCUUGCGACCCGAGCUGGUCGGACGACUGUCGGCCAUGUUGAACUUCAACCUGCAGCAGCUGUGUGGACCCAAAUGCAAGAACCUGAAGGUGCGCACGCCAGACAAGUACGGCUGGGAACCUCGCAGACUACUAGGUCAGCUGGUGGACAUCUACCUUCACCUGGAUUGUGAACAGUUUGCUGCGGCCAUCGCGUCCGACGAGAGGUCAUUCAGAAAAGAACUGUUUGACGAUGCAGCCCUGAGAAUGGAGAGGGCUGUGAUCAAGACUCCCGUUGAAUUAGAAAAGUUCAGAAAACUUGCCCAGCAAGCAGCCGAGAUUGUUAUUCAGAACAUGAAGAGAGAAGUAGACUUCAGCGACGCUCCUGAGGAAUUUAGAGAUCCGUUGAUGGACACACUGAUGGAGGACCCGGUGCUGCUGCCUAGUGGCAAGAUUAUGGACCGAGACACCAUAAUCAGACAUUUGCUCAACUCAAACACAGACCCCUUCAGUCGUCAGCCACUCUCCGAAGACAUGCUUCAGCCUGCUCCUGAAUUGAAAGAACGAAUCCAGACCUGGAAGAGAGAGAAGCUGAAAAACUCAUCUUCUUGAAAACGAAAUAAACGUGAAUAACACUUGUUUGAAGCUGUACAAACUGAUCUCCUGUACAAGUGAUUCGUUACUGUUACGGUGUUGCGUCAUGUGAUAGUCUUUCGUUGGCUUCGACUGGUGUUCUGUUGCUUUCCUCACACACGAACUGACGGACAUUUUGUGUGUGUGAUCUGCCUUAUCACCUGCAAUGAACUUUGUGUUCCGAUCUUUGACGAUGUAAAAUAGCUAAAAUGAAUAGAACUUUAUUAGAUUUUGUAAUAUUUUAAGUAUUUCUAGGUGAAUGUAAUAAAUUGUUGUUCAGAAAAAAAUCGCUUUAAUAUGUGUUUGGAUCUGUUAAGAUUAAAUGUUUAAGCUGAUGUGUUCACAGAUUAUUGAUUAUUUUGGAAAAUAUGAUCAUCAUUUAAUCAUUUUGUUAUUUUUACAUUGCAGUUUUUUGCCGUUGUUUAUUUGUACCUAUCUCACGUAAAAAUGUAGUAGUUCAAUGCUGCUAGUUUUUCAGGUCGUAUAGUUUAAAAUAUUAUGUAUAGCAUUGUUAUCAAACUAUGGGUUUAAAUUUAUUGUAAUUUUAAAAUUCUUGUUUUGUUUGUUAAUAGUUUGAAAAAAAAGUGUAUAUUUAUUCAUUUUAAUCCACCCUUUCAGAAUUCUAGUUCAUAGCUAGUAUUUGUACUCUCCUAUAGAUAAAUAAAUGGAAGAAGUUUGAUAAUAUU